CCUAGCUCGAUGGGGCCACCAGAGGAACCGCGCUCUUGAUGGAGGUUGAGGAGGGGGAACAGUAGCAGCAGCAACAACAACAGCAGCCGCGACAGCUGAACCGACUCCAACCACGACGGCAUUACGGAACCCGCUGAAGACAGCAGGGCUGUUGAGGGGAGAGGAGACCGGUCGCAAUGGCGCAGAGAUUGCGCCGCCCAUCGCCAGGGCAAGGUGCGAUGGGCAGCAACGACGCGGUCCUGGUCCACGUCGGCGACACGCUGUCAUCCCCCGACGAGGGUGAGCCAGGGCAGCGGCUCAAUCCGGCUCCGCGCCAUCCUCUCUACGAAGAUUCUGCGGCAAGAUCAGCAAGGCCCUCGUAUGAACGCAGCCCGUCUUCCUCUGCUGGCCUCACGUCGAGGAGGGGAAGAGGCGCGGCUGCCAAAAGGGGGGGAGAUGAGGGUCAAUUGCCUACAGCACGCGAUGUAGACGGAGGCAAUACCAAGGGACAUCAGGACAAUGUUCAGACCGCACGCGUGACGACGCUCGAUCGGCUCGAGGGAUGGUUUGGGAUAGCUGGCCAAUCUCCGUCCUCCUCCUCCUCCUCCUCUUCGGCGUCAGUGCUACCUACCAGUGUCAACUCUGUGCCUCGGAGGAGGCCGGCUCAAGCGGCGCAAUCGCAACAGCAACCCACAACCCGACUCGUACUCGUCCACUCGAUCAGCUCGAUGGAUACGCUCGACUCGCUUGCGCUCAAGUACAAGACCAAUGCUGGGACACUACGGAGAGCGAAUGGCCUCUGGCCUGGCGAUUCGAUUCAGAGCCGUAAAGAGCUCUUCAUUCCGCUCGAUGAGAACGAUGAUGCUAUCGAUGAUGGCUCCUCGGGUGCUGGGCCAAGCACAGGAGGGUUGCCAGCGAGAGCAAGAGCGACAGAAGAUGUGAAAGGAAAGUUGUCGCUUAUUGACGUCGGACGGAGCAGUGAUACAGAGGGCGCGGGGAGGAAGCCGAGUGAAGAAGGAGCCAGUGACGAUCAGGUCAGCGUCGGGCUGAUCGAGUCUCACGAGCGCAAUCUAUCGACAACUUCGGCCGCCACAAGUGGGAGUACCUCGUCGGCGCCGGUCUUGGCCGCGGCAGAGGUUCGGAGAGUGCCCACUCAGGCGAUGUCCUACUUUCCUACAGGUCCGAGCACUGCAGGCGGCAAGGGCAAGGGGAGGAGAAUUGACGGGGCAGAUGCAGACAAUGAUGGUGGUAGCAGCCCUGCCUUUGGAUUUGCGCUGGGCAUCACACAACAGUCUGAUCAGCCUCAGGAUCCAGGCGAAAGCGGCGUCGAGGAUCUGCUUCGACUGGCGGAGAGGGCAAGAUUGCGAGGCGAUGAGGGCGAAGAUACCAUUGAUUCGAUGCAGAACCAAAAGCCCUCGCUGGUGCCCAGUACACUCCCAUCGUCGCGACGGACGAGUGGCGAUGGCCCCCGCAGCGAGUCGGCCGCCUCGGUCAGCGGCGCGGGCAACGAUGAUUGGAAGCCAAACAAGUGGACAUUUGGCGCACCGAGGCCACGAAAGAAGGAGGCCGCAUCUGUGUCGAGCGUCACCUCAUCGCCCGAGUCGACCAAUCGGCCCGUUCUUGCAGCCCUGGCUCACCCCUCGACGUCCUCAUCAGUCUCUUCGUCCCCGCCUCGAUCGUCGUAUCAGAGCGGCAACGGCAGUGGCGGUGGCUACCAAGGUUGGAACGAUAUCCCGGAGCCACCCCUCUCUCGGACGGCACAGGGAAAGGUCGCGCACGCAUACAAGCCCAACAACAGGCGGAAAUACCCGCGCCCCGACGGGACCUUUGGCGAGACAGUGGGAGUGGCAAUCAUGGACGACCUUGUCGCCGGCUUGCCUCCCAAUCCUGGUCCGGCCUCCAACUGGGCGCGUCCCAUUCACGACUGCUUGCCUUUGCCUGAGUCGUCGACGAGAAGGUCCAAAGCUGCAGGGCACGGACCUUCGUCGAGUCCACUAGCGAACAAUGCCUCUCCUGGCUCGUCAUCGGCAGGCUGGGGUCAGCUUCUCAGCGACACGUUCCGUGGGCGGAUCGGGUUGGACGAGGCCCUGGAGAGGGGAUACGAGGACCUGAAGACUGCGAGCCUCGUCGCCUUUGCCGAGAACAGCAGUGUACGGAACGGCACCCAGCACUACAGUCGCAUCAAUGGAGCUCACACGCCACAGCAGCUCUCGGACACGCCACCACUACGGCCCAGCGCGGAGCUGGCGCGAGCCACAUUGGGACGCUCUGGUGGAAGAAACGUGACGGGAAGCAACGGUCCUGGCUUGGAAGGCGAGGCGCAGCGCGAUGGUACUGGCCCAGGCUCGAAUGGGACGGAUGAAGCAGCGAGAAGAGGAAGCGCAAAGAGCACGCAUGAGCUCGAGGAACUCCACAAUCACUCUCAUCUCUUCUCCAGCCACAAUGGUGGGUCCAGUACCUGGAGCCCGUCUAUGGGCGCAUCACCCCUUUCCCAUACGAUGGAACACAGUGACAGCGGGUCGGGUCUGCUGCGAGGUAGAAAGAAUGUCCGAAAUGUCGAUUGGACCGCUUGAAGACUUGCUUCUCAUGCUGAGACACCCAUGCCAAGGAUCACACAGACACAUAUAUACACAUCUUCACUUCAAUCAAUCCAGAUAGCAUUGGCCAC